AUGUUCGUCUUGGGGCUGGUGACAGCCUUCAGCCUUCUCCCGCUGGUUUACGCCGACGGUUAUUCUUGCAAGCCAUUGGUUGGUUCUUUGUCAGUUAAAGAUUAUCACGGCGAUAGAUUUCCCAAUAACUAUCAGCCCAUCGUAGAAAUUCAGAAAAGGAAUUCUACGCUAGUCUAAUACCGCUCCCAAUUUGAUUGUAAGGUGCUCGAUCUUUUUGAAAAUUUCCAAGCUGCGUAUUUUUUUCUGCCAGUUGAAGUUUUAUCAGGGUGUUACAAAUAAAAGUCAACGCAAUUUCAGUAAUUUCCAGAAAAAUUGAAUUCUCUUCAAAAAAAAAGUUGAACUUUGUCCAACUGACCUCUCUUGUACCUGAUGUUCUACGAGCGAAAUUCACAAGUUCUCUGCCUAAGCCACAGCUCCUGUCGCCUUUUAAACACAGUUCAACCAAUGAAAGUCGAUUGCACAUGUAUUCUUACAUUGAAGAUGCAAUAAAAAGUUUUUUAAAACAACUGAUUAAUCUCGAAGACUGAAUAAAAACUUCAUUUUUCCAAGUUCGUUGAAAAAAAAAUAAAUUUUUUAGGAGGUUAGAUCGAAAGGAGUUGGAUUCGCGACCUUUGAACGAUACCUACAUGUGGGCGACCAAAUCACAAUCUACGCGACCCCAACGGAUGAAUUCUUGAAGUGAGCUCAGGAAAAUUCUAUUUGAAAAUUGAUUCAUCAGGCGCAAUAUCACUCUGUUCUCAGGCGAACCUAGAGAGAAGCAGAACGGAUCCGAUAUAUCUUACCAGUUGCUUCACGAAAAAAAUCAUCAUAACGAAUUUGCUUCAAAAUCUCGGGUGAGAAAAUAACGAACGACAUUUUUUUUGACACUGAGAAACAAUCAUAGUUCCUAUGCUUUUUCUCACGAUAAUUUUUUUUUGUUUUCGAUUCGAGCUGCUCUGAAAGCUUAGUUUCAGAACAAAUAUUAUUUGUGGGGUUAUAGUCAAUCCCGGGACGGACCAUACUUCCAGAAUUUCGUCGAAGGGAAGAGGUUCAAGCUGACUAUCGAGUUAGUUCAUUAUGCUUCUUUGCUAACACUGCAAAAUAAAUAUUUGUAUAUUUUAUUACUCAAUGAAAAUAUUAAUUUUAGCAUUCAAUCUGGCGGCUACAACGUCACCCUUAACGACAAAAUAUUGGAAUUUGUCGGAAACCAUGAACCUUUCUACAAUAGCGUUAAAUCUAUCGAAGUUGCGGGUUUCAAACUCGACACCCCGAUAAAGUUGGUUUUUUUUUUGCCGAAAAAGUCUGUUCGAGAAUCAGUUAUGCACGAGACAAGGUUUUUUGAUCUCGAGGCAAGAUCGUGACCAGAUCGAGACAAAGAAAUUUUUAGAAAAAGUCUCGAGACGAGUUCGAGACAUUUCGAAAUGAAAACAAAUACAAACUUCUGUAACAAAAUAACACCUGAAAACGGCCGAGAAUCAAAAAUGUGCAAAUAAUUCUCGUUAUUGAGAGUUAUUACGCAAAAACUAAAACUGCGCUCUGAAUUUGAUCGUUUCCGGAAUGUUCCAUUACGACUGGAACGUCAUAUAUGACGCCCAAUUUUUAUCAUUCUGCGUAAAGAAGUUUUUUUUUCAUCUCGAAAUGUCUCGAGAUGAAAACGGAUUUACUUCUGCAUCUCGAGACGAAACGAUAUUGCCAAUUUUUGACCGAGAAGACACGAUGUCGUCUCGAGAUAUCUCGAAAAAUCUCGAGACGAAAUCGUGUCUCGUGCAUCCCUGUUCAGACUAGCCGGAGAUGUAUUAUCUAAAAGUUUCUCAUAAAAAAUGUUUCCAGGACUUGCGAGAAGGCUAAAGAUCUUAAAAUAGACGAUCAUCAUAUGAAUAUUGUCAUUACCAACGGAGUCAUCGAGACACGAAGUAAGAAAAAAUCGAGUUUUCAGGGAAAAUGUUGGAAAAACUUUCAGCCUGGUACCGGAAGUAG